GUUAACGUUGCGUUGCGACGCCACGCUAGCUCUCGAUCCCUGGGUAAUCGGCGCAGAGGAACCUGGGUAAGAGAUUACUACGUGACGUUGUGUUUUAGCUAAGACCUGUCAGUAAGCCGGUAAGAAACCUCGACGGCGAGACACGCGUACUGAAAUCUCGCUCAGGCUAUUGUUGGGACUAGACAUUGCGUGCGGCAUUAAGAAGAGGUGGGGGUCAACCAGAGGUGGUGCGUUGAGUACGUGUUAAGGACGCUCCACUAGUCCGUGAAGAGGCGAGGCACCAGUCGAGGUGUUGCCGGUAAACAUUAGACCCGACAUGAAGCCCGUAAUGACCGGUGAGAGCGGGCGGCUACAGUGGGACAAGGCGCCGAAGACUGCGGUGGAGACGCACGCAGAAGGCAAGCUCGCAGCCUGCUUGGAUCUAGGAAACAGCGAGGAUUACAAACCGCUGUACGUGUUGACUAAAGCGGGCGUGCCGACGGGCGUUCGCCUGAGUUCCCUGCUGGAAUCUCCCGGUGAAGAAACCGAGCUUACCGACAAGCUGAAUGCGCAGGAGACCGAGACCGAACUGUUCCACCUCGACGUCAAAUCGUCGGCCUCCUGGUGGGGGCGGAUGCGCUCUAAAUUCAAGUCGAACUCCUCCCGACCUAAAGACGCGGGUGCCCGGGAACAGGGGCUGUACCUGGUGCUAAAAAACUCCCGCGUGGAGAGUCUAGAAGAGGAGACGAUACGGAAAUACCUGGCGGGUAAGAGCGUACAUGUGGAGUCGGCCGGCGUGCACGAUCUGAACGGGGAAUUCUUGGUCGUCUCUGUAGCGUGGACAGCCGAGGACGUGCGGGCGGUGGUCAAGACUCAGGAGCCCGUUGUUGCCUCCGCCUCCGAACCAUCAGACGAUAGAAACGAGGAGGAAGAAGUCCCCUCUACGGAGACAGAGCAAGUUAUCGAGACCUACAGCACUUCUCCUUGUACUGUGGCGUUUGGUAGCGUGGUGGUGAAGUAUAACAAGGACACAGGAUGUAUUUUUGCUAGUGGAAGCCCGCACACUCACAAAACCAAGAAGGAAGCACCCAGCCCCAAGGAAAGUUCCAAAUCUCCUUCAAAAUCUUCUUCUUCGAGAUCGUUCAGGGACAGAUUCAAACGGAGGAGUUCCAGUAUUUCUGUGGAGUGGAGCGAGGAUCUGGAAAGAAGGGGCGGUACAGGGGGGAAGCUUAAAUCGUCCGGGUCCUGGGUGGACGAGAGCGAACUCGAAACCAUCGAAGGGUAGAAAAUACAUGCCUCACAACAACAUUUCAAAUUCAAGGAUUGUUAGGGUAUUUUCUAUACCUACCGUUGACCUAAUUUAUGGACGUUUCAGUGAGCCUUGAAGCUCUUGACACAGUUUGUGUAAAAUACGGAUGUCAGGGUUCGGAUUCGUGUGUACACAGUCAAGCAUACCGUGAUUUCACCAGCUAUGUUGUUGCAGCUAGAACACUUUUGGAGUAACACAAGCGAUGAACGCAUGUGAAAUGUUCAGGUGAGGUAGCCUCCGUAGCAGGCUUAUAGAACUGGGGGUUUGGUGGUCUUCGGCUGUUUAUUGAUUAGCCCAGUUCUAAAAAAGGGGGUAAUUCA